AUGGCCUCUCCGCCGCGGGGGCAGCCCCAGCCCGCCACCGCCGCCGCGCCGGCGGCCGCGGCCGCCACGUCCCCGCAGUUGCCCGCCGCAUCCCACCCGCUGCCCCGCGCGUUCCUCGCCACCUCCUCCCCCCGUGCCACAGCGGCGGCACCGGCGCCCCCGCUCUUCACCGGCCGGCCGCUGAACCCUAACCCUCCGGGCCACGGCUCCUCCGUGCCCCACGGAAUCCUCUACCCCGUCCUGAGAUCCGCGUCCACGUCCAACUCCGCGGCCGCGGCCGUUACCGCGCACCUCCGCCGCGUUCCUCCGAUGGCCGUCGGGUACCCCCGGACCCACGCCGUCGCCGUCCCCAUUGCGCAGCAGCAGCAGCAGCCCCUGGUGCGCGAGCUGCCCCGGUCCUUCGCGGCCGUGCCUCGGGCGCUUGUGGCGGGCGUGGCGGCGCGGCCCGAGCAGCCUCCCCGAGGAGUUCCUAUAGCUUCGCAGCCCAAGGUUAAUCCAAUACCACCUGUUGCUCCAUCCAAUGAGCAGAGCAACCCAAAAGACAGGGAAAAUAGCAGAGAAGAACCUACAGUUGUGGUGAUUAAUGACCGCAAAGUUAACCUGCUGGAUAGUGAGUCGGGAUCCUUGUACGCUCUCUGUCGAUCGUGGGUUCGUAAUGGUGUUCCACAUGAAAGUCAGCCAAGCUUUGGAAAUGGUGAACCACUUCUUCCAAGACCUUUGCCUGCUUCAGUUGUAGAUUCUAGAAUAUCAGAAAGGGACAAUAAUGAUGCCACAGGUGAAGAUUCAGAUGAAGAGCCACAGAAGUUUUGGGUGUUUGAAAGUUGA